UUCAGAGCAAAAGAAAACAACUGGAUCAAUAUCAGCUAUACACACUGAAAGGGAUGAACUGCAGCGACUACAGAAUUCCGAGAGGAUACCGAUUCAAUCCUUCCGACGAGGAGCUGCUUAGUGACUUGGAGGAGAAGAAUCGCUGCAACGGCUCCCAGAUCACGGCCAUCAUCCCUGAUAUCGAUGUGUGCAAGUACGAGCCUCGCCAGUUACCAGAGCUGGUAUUCACAAAGGGAGAAAGUCUGGGGAGGAAGUUUUUCUUCUUUUUCUUCUUCUGGUUUAUAGAGAAAGAGUCUUGGAGCAGUCAGCGAAAGUGGUACUUCUUCACACCGCGUGAUUACAAGUACACCAAUAGCACUCGCUCCAACAGGACUACAGGGGAAGGGUUCUAUAAGAUCACAGGCAAAAAUCGCGCGAUCAGGGCCCCUGGCUCCAAAGCUGUGAUCGGGUGGAAGAGGACCUUGACCUUCCACCUACGUGGAGUGCCGAAACCUCAGAGGACCGGCUGGGUUCUUCAUGAGUAUUACCUCAUUCAGGAGCGUUCUGAUCCUCCUAAACAGAUAGGGGAUUUUGUUGUUUGCUGUUUGAAGUACAAGUCAGACAACUCUGAUCAUGAUAAGGAUGCCCCAUUCUGCAAUCGAGGUAGCAGAAGCUGCAGUAUGGCCUCCAAUGCUGAAAAUCAAGCUGAAGAAAUUCUGUCAUCCAUCGAGCCGGUUAAUAUUGACCCAAAUUCCAAUGGAAAUGAAGAUGAAGCUGAAACUGGUGGUGGUAUGAUUACAGAAGAAGAAGAAGAAGAAGACCACCGGGCAUAUAAGGAGCUGGGUCACGCUCUUCAGAUUCCCAUUGGCAAUCCGCAUGCUCUUCAGGACGAUCUUCCGACCGGCCAACCUGAAGGCAAUUUAGCUGAUAUGAUGAUUAAAGAGAUGAUUGAAGAGCUACUAGAUGACCCAGAUUCUCUGGAUUCACUCCUUCUUCUGCAUGACUCACCUCAACUGCAUCAGCCACAUCAGUCACCAAUGUGUACCCCCGAUGUUCAUAAAGAUGAGUGCCGUAAGAGGACAUAUCCAUUUGAGGAUAAUGACCCAUCUCCUCUGAAAAAGAAUAAUAUUUCAACCAAUUACGAUGACAAACAAGUUAGCAACAGCACAUCUAGUUCUGAAAAUCAAGCUGCAAAUAUGAUUCCAGAGGGUUAUUCUCCAGCGGGAGCAUCUGGGACCAGCAUUUUAUUCCUUUCUGCAUGAUUAUGCACAACCAUCAAUAAACGGAGGACCGAGAGAAUUUUCCAAUGACAAUAAUUUUAUUGAGUUGGGUGAUUUGCUACCUAUAUCAAAGGUAAUGAGUCUCCUCUCGCACAGUCCUUAAAUACAGUUAUUGAUGGAGGUAGUUGAGUAAUCAGCGACAGAAACACUGAAUUAGUAUAUGACUGGGCAAAUGAUGAUUUUGCAUUAGACUUUGGGGCAUGGCUCCAUUGUAGCUAAUCAACCUUCAUUUAUAGGAGAAUAUCAAAGGAAACCUCAGUAGUAAUGUUUCUAAGUCACGUUAUUAUAGUUGGUGAUAUUCUCCUACAAAUGGUUCAAAUAUCUCCAAGUUAUAUGAAAUGCUCAGCUGGGUUGAUUAAUAUACAGUCGCAGCUUUUCUGCAUUUCAUGUAGUGGAGACUUUGGAAACUUCUUAUUCAUUUGGGCAUUCAAACUACACCUCAGAACAGCUACAACUAGUCUAUUCCUUUUUUCUUUUCUUUUUCUUUUGGGAGUGGGGAGGUACCUCUGUGUCACAGCAUUCCCCAGGGAAAUUUUCUCUUUCAAAUGCAUAUGGUUCAAAUGCCAUCCGGAAGUCUAUCCUUCUCUGAAUGUGACGAGUCCAGGCAUAUAAAGAUGUCUUUUCUCAUAAGCAAUUCCUAGGAUGUGGAGCUUCCUCUGUCAACAGCACCUAUAUUCAUUCUGAGAUCAUCGCUGUCAAUAGAAGUACCAAUAUUCCUUUCAACUUGUUCCGCAUACCUAUAGUCCCAAAUGUCCAAAAAUCAAAUCCAUUUCUUCAUCCCCAUCAGCAAAUCCUCAGCAUCACCAAUUCUCAUUCCUCAAACAGAUAGUCCGCAAUUACUAUGUCCAAAAGGACAAACUGCAAAACAUCAGUAUCAUCCAAUAUCCAAUCAUGGAGUUAAACAUGGGAGGUGCUCCUAGAAGAAUCCAACUGCAGAGCAGCAUCACAAGCCAAGUUAACAGGUCAGUGAAGCUGCUGAGGCAUUAUAUUGCUGUUUAUCUGCCCGAGAAGAGGACUGAAACCAAGUCCUGCAAGCAGCUGGCAGCAAUUUAAAGGAUUCUUUCAAUAUCCAGGAUGCAUCUCCUUUCAACCCGUAAAGCAUCUCUUUCAGACUGAAGUCCUAGUCUAGCCUCUAAAAGGCCACUACGGCAAGGCAACUGUUGCAUAGUUGCAGCGAGGUACAUGGUUGCUGUAGUCUCAAAGAUAUAUCGUAGUUAUAAACAGGCAGUAAUAUUCUGUCUACUUGUUAUCAUUUCCAAGAUGUAUGAAUACAAUUUAAAGGUCAUAGAGAUGCCUUCAGACUAAGAGUCUGGAACAUCUCAUGCCUACAACCAAAUAGUGUAUCCCUCAUCAUAUCAAUCUCGUUUGUAUUAUUCCGACUAUUUUUGUAUAAAUUGUUCAUCAUAAGCUUAUAUAUGUAAUGAAUUUUGUGUA